CCAAAAAGAAUUUGCGAAAAUUGUCAUCUAGAAUGUUUAGCUACAUCAUAUUGUGAACAAUGUAUAAGAAAUUAUUUGAAAUCAAAUUUUUUAAAUUGGACAUCCGAAAAUGAUAUUAUUGAUAAAAUAAUACAGAAAUGUCAAAUGGAAAUAGUUAGCCCAGAAUAUGUAACUGAAUGGAUCCCAUAUAAUAAUUUGCAAAAUAUUAAAUAUUUAACAAGAGGUGGAUAUUCUGAAAUUUAUAUAGCAGAUUGGAUUGGCGGAAAAUAUAUAGAAUGGGAUUCUGAACAACAAUUAUUAAAGAGAGAUCGUACACAUAAAGUAGUACUUAAAAGGUUGGACAAUAUUGAAGAUACCAAUAAAAGUUGGUAUGAUGAGGUACUGGACAAAAUACAUAAAAAUUUAAAUAUGUAA